AUGACAAUAAACUGCUCCCUGGGGCAAGAUAAAUAUUCAUCUUGCACUUCCUUUGGUCUAAAAAGCAAGGCAAAUUCUUCAGUUCUUCAGAGAGCACGAAUGUUCCCUUUCUUGAUUUUUUCCUGUUAUCUUUUCCAUGAACAAGCACUGGAUGCCUUUAAUACAGCUGUGGUGUCCCCAGUAUACUAUGUUAUGUUUACAUCCCUCACCAUCCUAGCUAGCAUUAUAAUGUUUAAGGACUGGGACAGUCAAAAUGCAUCGCAAAUUGUCUCUGAAGUAUGUGGCUUUGUGACUAUCCUGUCUGGAACAUUCCUUCUCCACAAGACCAAGGACAUGGGAGGUGUAAGCAGCACUAGUAACACGCCCGUGCCAUCUCCUGUAUUCCUGGCAUCAUGCCAGAAUUCUGCGGUCUGA